ACACAGUAGAGCCCGGCCCGCGAGCCCACGCGUUCCCGGGUCCGUCGGGUGCCGCGGCGCCUCCCGAAGGGAGUCCCCGCGCUGCCGCACCCUGCGUUUCCCGCAGCGGCUGGGGGCUUCGGACGUGCGGUCCGAGAGCCCGAGGCAAGAGUCCCCAGAGACCACCGUGGGCUUCAUGGCUGGAGCGGAACCGGUGAGUUGAACCCGAGUCAGGCAGCUUAGGGCGCGAAGUUCCUAGUUAGUACCAGACAGCGGCACAGCCAUGAGUAACAGCAGCACCCUCAUGGACCUUUACGGGCACCUCCGUUCUCUCCUUCUGCCGGAGGGGGAAGGGGCGCCCGAGGCGAACCCCGAUGGUGAACCCGACCCGGUUACGAGUACCUGGGCGCCGAGCCUGUCGGGCACCAUCUCUGAUGUGACCCCUACUCCAUCGCCCACUUGGAACACAACCCCGGAACUUGUCCUGGGCUGCGGGGAACAGAUCAACUAUGGCAGAACUGAGAAAGUUGUGAUCGGUGCCAUCCUGGCACUCAUCACGCUUCUGACGAUCGCGGGCAACUGUCUGGUGGUAAUCUCCGUGUGCUUCGUCAAGAAGCUUCGCCAGCCCUCCAACUACCUGAUCGUGUCCCUUGCCCUGGCCGACCUCUCGGUGGCCGUGGCGGUGAUGCCCUUUGUCAGUGUCACAGACCUCAUCGGGGGCAAGUGGAUAUUUGGCCACUUCUUUUGCAACGUCUUCAUCGCCAUGGACGUUAUGUGCUGCACGGCCUCAAUUAUGACCCUGUGCGUGAUCAGCAUCGACAGGUACCUUGGGAUCACCCGCCCUCUCACAUACCCUGUGAGACAGAAUGGAAAAUGCAUGGCAAAGAUGAUUCUGUCUGUCUGGCUGCUGUCUGCCUCCAUCACUCUCCCCCCACUCUUCGGAUGGGCCCAGAACGUGAAUGAUGACAAGGUCUGCCUGAUCAGCCAGGAUUUCGGCUACACCAUCUACUCCACCGCCGUGGCGUUUUACAUCCCGAUGUCUGUCAUGCUGUUCAUGUACUACCAGAUCUACAAGGCUGCCAAGAAGAGCGCUGCCAAGCACCGGUUCCCUGGCUUCCCCCGCACCCAGCCCGAGAGCGUCAUCUCCCUGAAUGGCGUGGUGAAGGCCCAGAAGGAGGUGGAAGAGUGUGCAAAUCUGUCCCGACUGAUCAGGCAGGAGAGGAAGAACAUCUCCAUCUUCAAGAGAGAGCAGAAGGCAGCUACUACCCUGGGGAUCAUUGUUGGAGCGUUUACCGUGUGCUGGCUACCCUUUUUUGUUCUCUCAACUGCCAGGCCCUUCAUCUGUGGCACCUCCUGCAGCUGCAUCCCGCUGUGGGUGGAAAGGACAUGUCUGUGGCUGGGCUAUGCCAACUCCCUCAUCAACCCCUUCAUCUACGCCUUCUUUAACCGAGACCUGAGAACGACCUACCGCAGCCUGCUCCGCUGCCAGUACCGUAACAUCAACCGGAAGCUCUCCGCUGCUGGUAUGCAUGAGGCCCUGAGGCUUGCAGAGAGACCUGAGAAGCCAGAGUUCAUCCUAGUCUCAGAAGCCCAGCAGGGACUCGCGAAUUUUCCUUGGGUUAACGAAGUGAAUAGUGGGGAAAAUGCCGCGAAUACUUUUGAACUGACAAAAGUCUGAACUGUAGGAAAAAAGGUCAUGAGUCAUGAUCCAAGGUGGAAUAAUGGAGAUGAAAUAAACAAGGCAAAACGGGCGGAAACAGAACGAAAUCAUUUACCAAGACUGCAAAAUGGAAUGUGGCUUCUAUCCUUUCUUGAUCUAAAAUGUGACCAACAGUGAUCUGUUGUACAAAGUAUUUUACCGGGGAGAUGAUGACCUCUCCUUUUUUUCUGUGGAUCAGUGCUAUUUUGUGUGCAAAUGAAAAUAAUUCUCAGUGUAAGAUAGUCAGAUCAUCUCAGCAGUGAGCACACUAACAGAACUGAGUUCCAGAAGGAAGCAGUUUCUGGUGCUUUGCAUACAUCCAUAUCCAUGCAAGCUGGAACAAGUUCCAAUGCACACUUCCCAUGCUUCUGAGUCUAGGCAUUGCGGUGAAUAUUCAGGAGUCAUUCAUGAGGCAGAAUGUAUUUUAUUGUAUGACAGAAGGGUGUCUUUCCAAGCAAACUAUGGUAAGCAUAGUGUUGAAUAUGUUGCAUGUCGUGUUAGAAAACAGAAUCCAGUCAUCAGCUAAUACAAACGAUUUCUCAGAGCAGUGUUUGUUUCAAGCUUCUGUCAAAUAGUAUGGCUUUUCUGCAGGGUCCCUGUGAUUUCUCACCAAUGUACUUUCUUUGUGAACUUCCUUACUGUUAUGGUGUAACUCAGGAAAAGAUGGAUGGAGAGAGGAAUAAAAUCUGAAAAGACUUUUCUUGGAUUCACACAUUUGAGGGGUCCUGAGAAGUGAGGGGAUUCCUUUUGUGAGGAUUACCUGAAUGAAGAGAGAGGGCUACCUAACUGCAUUGUAUAUUAACAUGAUUAUUGGCAUGUUGUUUACUAUCAUAUUAUACAAGGGUGCAUUGAGCCCACGGGGCUGGUCCCUAUACUGUAUGUUAUAAGGAAGACGUGGGCAAAAUAGGUUUACACGGAGGGUGGUGGUACUUCUGGAGACGGAGCGUAAAUAUGUACAUUCAACUGAGUUAUGUGAACUGGAGGUCACCUGCACCCCUGUUGACGGAUGCUCCAGAACACCACCCUGUUUCAUCUAUAUAGAGUUUGUUUCCUUGUUUUCUGUAUCUUAAAUCAAAUGUGUGCCUGAGUAAUUCUGUCCACUAACCCCCUCCCCCAAAUAAAAAAUGGUGUUGUUAAAGGCAGAUAAGAAAACAGAAAUGGUCCCAUUGUGGAUAGUAUUUUUGUAAGAAAUGGAACUAUGUAGUAAGUCUAAGCUAAGAAAACAGGAAGGCAGGUAGGUCAGAGGAGAGCACCUGUAACUAUAAGGAGAGAAAAAAAAAGAAUGCAGAUCUUCGUUUGAUAAAAGAGAACUGAAAGAGAAUAUUAUUUUCCUACAAUGAAGGAAGCUGUCCUCUCACAGGAAAAAGUGGAUUUCCGGUGUGGAUUAUGGACUUUUUUCGAUGGACGUUGACAUUGCUUCUUAACAGAGACAGAGAAGGGCUGCCUUUUGCAAGGGGGAGGUGGGCACUGUCCUUUCAGACAAAGCUUGUACAAAUUCCUGAACCGCAGAUUUGCUAAAGUGACAUAUAUACUUAUAUUAAUAAUUUAAAUGAUUAACUAUGGUCUGAUACAUGUUGUUAAAGUUGAAAAUGUUUUAUUAUAUUAUAUCAAAUAAAGGUUAUU